GUGAUCACUCUGCCACCAUCAUUGUAAUAAAGCACAUGAUAAAUACAUCUGUUCUCUCUUCAGUCACCAGACACUGCUGUAAGCAGACAGGCAAGGUGUUGGACAGGCAGCUCACCAUCGUCGACCUCUUUGACACUUGGUUACACCGUGGAGAGAGAGAGAUCUCCAAAUGCAUCAACAUGUCGGCCCCGGGGCCCCACGCCAUCCUGCUGGUCAUCAAACUGGGGCCUUUCACAGCGGAGGAAAGAGAUGCCGUCUGGAAGGUGGAGGAGAUGUUUGGAGAAGAUGCCUGGAAGUACACCAUCAUCCUCUUCACACACGGAGACAAACUCACGCCAGACUUUAAGAUGGAGGAAGAGGCUGGACCCGAGCUGCAGACGGUCCUGGAGAAGGUGGAGAACAGGUAUCACAUCUUCAACAAUCUCAAGAUCAACGAUCGGGGACAGGUCCUGGGUCUGUUAAAGAAGGUAGAUAAGAUGGUGGAGGCCAACGGAGGACAGUUUUACUCCAACUACACCUACAAGGAGGUGGUGGAGAUGCUGAGUCAGAGAGAGGCCGAACUCAGAGAGUUCUACGAGAAGAAACUGGAGGAAGAAAUCCAAUCUGUCGAGUUAAAGUACGAGAAGAAGCUGAGUGAAGCUCAAUAGGAGCGACAAAACGUGGAGAAACAACUGCAGGAA